AGGUUUUGACUUGGAACUCCUCCCCAUGCUCUGCUGCCAGCUUCUGUGAAACUUGCAGAAACUUCACAUCCUUGAAACUCUGCCCUCAGCUCGGCUGAGCGUUGUUGGGCCACAGACUCCUUCCUUGCUGGAGCCAUGUGACUGAGCACUCUGUACAUCAAGUGAAACUUUUCAGUCUCCAGGAAACUUUGAUUUCCUUUCCACUCGCUCCACGGUGAGAGGCAGCAUCUCUCAGACCUGUGUCUGUGCUGGCCAUGGGGAGAACCCGGCAGUUUGUCUUGCUAACCUUCGCCUGCGCAUUUUUCUUCCGUUUUGUGGAAGUGGCCCUCGGGUUUGAACUGUCUGCAGAAACUACAUCCUUCCACCGUACAGCUACUUCUGUUCAGCCGCUUUAUCCUUCUUCAGCCCAUCAAGGCACCACAGUUCAUUUUAACAGAACAGGCUCUGUUAAAACAACACCCAUAAGCCACAGGACAACUGCCCAGACAACAGACCAGCAUCAGGUAACAACAGCACCAAACCAGAACACAACAGCCCAGACAGGAGCAACCACCACACAAGUGACUGGUCAAACAUCUUCCAUGGUGGUAUCCACAACAGCAGAAGACAACACAACUGCAGUUGGUCAGACUACAACCCAUGCAAUGGAAACGGUUACAUCUGCAGUGAAGAACACAUCCCUAUAUUCUAUGUCCUCAAUCAAGCAAGCCACAACAAAUUUAAGCACAGAAAUGACAGCAGCAGCCACAAACACAACCAUAAAGUAUACAAUACCAAAUACACAAAUGACAGCUGCUGCCAUAAGUACUACAGCCACCACCAAGCUAACUGUGAAGCCCAUGACAGCAUCAGGAAAUCAAACCACAGCACCUAAAAUUCCAACUGCUACAGCCAUGGCCAACACAACAACCAUUCAUCCAGGCACUCCAGCAACCACUCAUCCAGGCACUCAAAUAACCAUCAAAACUACCGCGAUGACAGUGAGACCCACUCCUGCACCGCAACCUUCUCACAUCCCCACUGGCACAUACACUGUUUCCCUCGGGAACUGGACCUGCAUCAAAGCUGUCAUGGGCUUGCAACUGAUGGCUGGAAAUAAAAAGCAGAAGUGGAUGGAGUACGUGGUGGUCAACCCCAAUGCGACACAGACAUCUGGAAGCUGUGGGAUGGUGCAGUCCGAGCUGAACAUAACUUUCAGUGGAGGUUUUUUAAACUUUACCUUUGUAAAGCAAGAUCCAAUGUACUUUGUCAGUAAAAUUGAGACCAGUUUACAGUUGUCUUCUGAAGGUAUGCUUUAUUAUGCAGCCAUACAUGAGAAGCUGUUUACAACAAAGCUGGGGAAUUCCUUUAAGUGUGCCAGUAAGCAAACCUUCAGCUUGGAGAGGAACUUGCAGCUAGUUUUCGUUAAUAUGCAGCUGCAGGCGUUUGAUAUUGUUGGGAACCAGUUUGGAGAAGAAGAAGAAUGCUUUCCUGACAAAAACAGCAGAGCAGCUCCCAUCGCAGUGGGCCUGAGUAUCCUGGGAUUGUUUGUCAUUGCGUUUGCCACAUUCUUGAUUUCCAGAAGAAAACCACUUAGAGGAUAUGAACGGAUCUGAGGUGUCUUUUACUUCCAAAACAGUGUAGCAGGAAAAGAAGUGACCAGAAUUUUAGCUUCUACCUGCCAAUCUCACAGCCCUGAGGUCAUAUUUUUAAGUGGUGUAACACUGUGUGUUUAAAGCUAAUGAAUGUUUCUGGAAGUGAUUUCUUUAAGGUGGGCAGGAGAGAACUCACACCAUCUACUUUAGGCUAUUCUUAGAAUCUAAUUUAGAUGUAGUCCAGAGGACCAAAGUGAGGAGCCUAAAUUCUUUAUAUUAUCAACAAGGGAGGCGAUUCACCUAAGUCAGAUGCCUAAAAAUAGCUUAAAGCAGGCAUCACUAUCCCUCAGAAAAUCCAUCAGGUUUCUUAAAGUUGGUGUUUAAGAUGACUCCAGUAAUAUGUUCUUAAAGUUACUAAGUCCACAGCUACAGACAACCCUGUUUAGAGCAGAGCUCAGAGAAAGCCUUGUGGGAACACUGUAUGUUGAAGUCUCAGGGCAAGUGUAAGUGACUUCCAUUCACAAGCAAGUUCUCACCAGUCCAACAAAAGGACUGUUGGGAAACCAGUCGUGACAACUUUGUAAAUUCUAGGUUUUUUCCUACUAACCCUUCAUGGGGAUGCAGUGGUAAUAUGUGACUUUAACUCUGGAGGCAGUAUUUUUAGGAAAUUUUUUAGUUUCCAGUGACUGUGUAUGCAGAUAAGAGAAAAUCCAACUGAGAUCAUAAAGGGUCUGCCUGACUAGUAUGUGCCAAAAUCAUCACUUGUCAUUGAUUGUCUCGGCCCUGCUGCGAAGAUGUCUGAACUUCCUGCCAGUAAUUCUUGAUCUGCAGCCUCAUAAACACAUCUGAGCAAACUGACAUCAGUAAGUUUAUCCUGAAAUAUUACCCUGCAAGCUGCACAGUCCAGGAGCUGACUGACAGGCAGCUGAGAUGUCUGCACAGCAGAACUGGGUGGGCAUUUGGAGGCAGUAACUCCAUCCAUCUGCCACAGCAGGCCAAGACACCCCAAUUUGUCAAUUGGCACUCAAGGCACAGGAUCCCUUUGCCACAUGUUCGCAACGCAAUGUGAAGAAUGAAAGCACUGUGACACGUGGGCCAGUGCUAGGGAUGCCAUACAAUUGAUUGGAAAUGAGGUGAAUUUGCUUGAUAAAUUAGAGGAGCUCAGUGUUGUGAUGUCUUGGAGAGCUCAUGAAUCACUCCCUGUUCAGUGAUGGACCUGUUACAGCAACUGCUGCUGAACUCAGUAACUGUCCCUCUACUGAGAUG